ACUGCUCUACACCUCAUCACCUGGGCUUCUUGAUCAGUUUCUCUCUCUGUUCUGCUCUGCUAAGUCUUUCUCUCUUUAUUCAUCUGUCUGAGACUUUUCUAGCGCGCUAGCUGUAAGUUUUUUUAUCAAUGAGGAAACCUUGCUGUGAGAAGAAGACGACCAAUAAAGGAGCAUGGUCGAAGCAAGAAGAUGAGAAGCUCACUAAAUACAUUCAAAAACAUGGCGAAGGAAGCUGGCGCUCUCUUCCGGUCGCUGCAGGGUUGCUUCGUUGUGGAAAGAGUUGCAGACUGAGGUGGGUAAAUUAUCUAAGGCCAGACCUGAAACGUGGCAACUUUGGUGAAGAUGAAGAGGACCUCAUCAUCAAGCUCCAUGCACUUCUUGGGAACAGGUGGUCACUAAUUGCUGGAAGAUUGCCCGGCCGGACCGACAAUGAAGUGAAGAAUUACUGGAAUACUCAUCUGAGGAGAAAGCUUAUGCAUUUGGGAAUUGACCCCAACAACCAUCGCAUAGGACACAAUAUUUGCCUCGACAAGGUUAAUCAUCCAUGUAAAUCAGCGAAUUCACAAGCAAAUAACGAUGAUGAAGACGAUUCGCAGGAUCCAUUGUUGGAUUCCACAAGUUCCGGCCCCGAAAGCAACACAAGUUGUACUUUGCCUGACUUGAAUCUUGAUCUCACAAUAGGCCUUCCAUGGUCACUGUAAUUCUUUAGUUACUACUGCAAUUCAAAGAUUAAUUAAUAGUCAUAGCUAGUUAGCCAGUCAAAUGUAAAAAUUAAUGCUGACCUUUGCAUUAAUAUUAAUAGGUUCAAAUACAUA